UACAGUUAGGAAUAGCAAUUUUUAGUUGUCAGAAUAUUGUGAUCUAACAAUGCCAACAAUGGCUGCACCAUUAUCGCCUGUUGCUGGUGGGUGUUGGAUUUAUAAAAUCGUGCUUUCUGUUGCUUUAACUGUGUUGGUACUCCUUGUUUUUGCUGCAUUGGUCGUUAUUAUCCGGUGGAGAUUGCGUAAAUCAAGGAUCAAUAGAAGGUGUCAAAAAGCGUCUGGAAUGAUUACUAUUGGAAGAGCAAGAGAUCGGCGCAAUCCAGUUGGAGAAAUUAAAGUUACAUCUGGAAUGCUUAACAACAACAAUCGACCGACACUAAACGCUAUUCAUGAAACGAAUUCGUGUCCCGUGGUUAUUCCAACCAUUAACGUCAUUGCCAACGAUGACAAAACAGAGUCGAUGACAUCACAGGAUAUGACGUAUGCCCAUAUACGCCGUAGUAAAGCGAGGGGUCAAAGUCGUUUAGCUUCUCCACUUUCGAGAGCAUCAAAACCUUCGGGAGAAUACGCAGACUUAAUAGACACAUUAGACCAAGAAUCUAUUUCUUCCAAACCAAAACCAAGUCCCGCUCUUGGUGCGAGUACACCUGUAGGGUUGGGGAAUCCCGGGAAACGAAAUCCCAACACUGAAGAGACUUACAUAAGCCCAGUUCAAUACAGAGUACCAAACCUCGUCGAUUCUGCCGAAGUUUUUGACAACGAUCGUGGAUUUAGAAACCGACUCGCCAAUGAAACGACGAGAAAAUAGAAGAAUAAAAACAUUUAUGCCAUCUUAUUUCAACCUAUACUUCGUACAGCAAAUGAACUCUGCGGUAACCCGUUCGACAGCACAAUGUGCUGUUAAUGCUAUAUCUGCUUAUUUAAACAUAUAUUUUACGCGCUCUUAGCUUUUAAUUAUAUUUGGACUAAUUAAUAAUUAAUGUUUUUACUUGAGAAGUAUUAGCUUUGACGUCUUUUUCCUGCCGAUUAUCUUUCUUCUCUGCUUGAUUAAUCGGAUUUUCGUUACUGUAUUAAAAAGUGUAUCAAAUUUAUGAUUUGUUAUUUACUAUUUUCCUAGCAAGCGCGUUCACCGCCAUACCUCGUAGAAUAUCUUCAACAUUCUCGGCCCUGGGUUCGAGUCUUCCCGUCGUCACUCCUUCAAAUUCUCCUCGUCUCACGUCAUCGGGAAAUGACGCAAUGUAUCUUUCGUUUCAUGACGGGUCAGGCUUGACACCUGGUAGUCGAACUGAUGGAAAACAAUAAACUUUAUUAUUUUUCUCUUAAACUACGUAUAUAUAUAAUUUAUGUUUCAUUACCAUUUGUUAAAUUACAUUUUGUGGUAAAUAUUGUCAAUAUAAAACUGAAUGAAAUAAAUCAGAUUUGAAAGCACUAUAAUAA